AUAGGGUGUAAUGUAAUGCUCAGUUCCUGACUUUGUAAUGCACUUGAUGGGUAAGGGGAGUGAUUUGGGACUGGACCCGUACUCCCUGGGGCAGCAGUGGGGUGUGUGACACUUUCUUCUUCCAGCCGGGAGAGAAGUACAGGAGACAGGAAGCGGUAGGCCUCACUGAAGCCUCGGCCUGCCGUGAUGUCGGAGCCCAAAGCGGCCGCUCCGGCGCCCGGGGACACCUACAAGGGCUGGCUGUUCAAGUGGACCAACUACAUCAAGGGAUACCAGCGGAGGUGGUUCGUCCUGAGUAACGGCCUGCUGUCAUAUUACAGGACGCAGGCGGAGAUGGGCCACACGUGUCGUGGCACUAUAAAUCUGGCCACAGCCAACAUUGCGGUGGAGGACUCGUGUAACUUCGUGAUCUCAAACGGAGGUGCUCAGACGUAUCACCUGAAGGCGAGCUCGGAGGUGGAGAGACAGCGCUGGAUCACGGCCCUGGAGCUCGCUAAGGCCAAAGCUGUGCACAUGCACGCAGAGUCGGAUGACUCCGGGGACGAUUGUGCCUCCUCUCCACCGAUCGCAGGUCAGGGUGGUGGGGCUCGGAACGCCGAGGUCCAGUCCACGCUCAGAACUCUGGGCAGCAAAGUAGAAGAUCUCAGCACGUGCAAUGACCUUAUCGCCAAACACGGCUCCGCCCUCCAAAGGUCCUUGUCCGAGCUGGAGAGCAUUAAACCGGGUGUGGAGACGAGCGAUAAAAUCCGGCAGGUGACGGAGAGGGCCACGCUAUUCCGCAUCACGUCCAACGCCAUGAUCAACGCAUGUCGGGACUUCCUGUCUCUGGCUCAGGCCCACAGUAAGCGCUGGCAGAAAGCUCUCCAGUCCGAGCGGGAUCAGAGGGUACGUCUGGAGGAGACACUGGAGCAGCUCGCUAAGCAGCACAACCAUCUGGAGAGAGCCUUCAGAGGAGCCACAGUGCUUGCUCCUGCCUCUGGUAACACUGCAGUGGACAUCAAAGGCGCCGCUGCAGCGAAGGGUGACGCCAGCGAUGACGAGGAGAACGAGUUUUUUGACGCGUGUGAGGAAUUUAUUACCGUCCCAGCCGACCCUAAAUACCACAGGAGGUCGGGCAGCAACGUCAGCGGGAUCAGCAGUGAGAUGGGGAUGGACGACGGCACCACGUCGCUGGACGAGCAUUCGCUCACAUCCAACCCGGAGUCUCCUCAGUCCCAGGAUUUGGAGCCGGUGAGGAAGAGGAGAAGUCGAAUCCCAGACAAACCGAACUACUCGCUCAACCUCUGGAGCAUCAUGAAGAACUGCAUCGGCAAAGAGCUCUCCAAAAUCCCCAUGCCUGUGAACUUUAACGAGCCGAUCUCCAUGCUGCAGCGUCUGUCCGAGGAUCUGGAGUACUCCGAGCUGCUGGACCGAGCCGGCAAGUGUCAGAGCUCCCUGGAGCAGCUGUGCUACGUAGCAGCCUUCACCGUGUCGUCGUACUCCACCACCGUACACCGUACAGGAAAACCCUUCAACCCUCUGCUGGGGGAAACCUUCGAACUCGACCGCCUGCAGGAGAGUGGAUACAGGUCUCUCUGUGAGCAGGUGAGUCAUCAUCCUCCCGCUGCAGCUCAUCACGUCAUCUCUGAGCGAGGCUGGACCCUGCGCCAGGAAAUCACUGUGGCCAGCAAGUUCAGGGGCAAAUACCUCUCCAUCAUGCCCCUGGGUUCUAUUCACUGUAUAUUUGAGAAGAGUAAUAAUCACUACACCUGGAAGAAGGUGACCACCACCGUGCACAACAUCAUCGUAGGGAAGCUGUGGAUCGACCAGUCAGGAGAGAUUGAUGUGAUAAAUCACAGAACAGGAGAUCGCUGUCACCUCAAAUUCGCUCCCUACAGCUACUUCAGCAGAGAUGUGGCCAGGAAGGUCACAGGUGUGGUGACUGAUAAGGACGGUAAAGCUCACUACGUGCUCUCGGGGACGUGGGAUGAAAAGAUGGAGUUUUCUCGUGUAAUGCAGAGCAGUCGAGGAGGAGAGAACGGGGCGGAGGGACGCCAGAAAACCGUCUACCAAACGCUCAAAGCUCGAGAACUCUGGAAGAAAAAUCCUCUACCAGAUGGAGCAGAGAACAUGUACUACUUCUCAUCACUGGCACUGACGCUAAAUGAGCCCGAGGAAGGCGUGGCUCCGACAGACAGUCGGCGACGCCCCGAUCAGAGACUGAUGGAACAGGGGCUGUGGGACGAAGCCAACGCUGAGAAACAGAGACUGGAGGAGAAACAGCGCAUUGUGAGACGGGAGAGAGAGCGAGAGGCAGCGCAGCAGGCUAAUGCUGAAGACAGCGAGGCUCUCAUUGAGGACUCCAUAACUGACUCGCCUCUAAAAACAGGUGCCCCGCAGGACAACUACAACGCCCUCUGGUUCGAGCAGCAGAAAGAUGUGAUGACAGGAGAGCCCACUCAUAUCUACAAGGGGGGGUACUGGGAGGCUAAAGAUCUGGGCGAGUGGCACGCCUGCCCCGACAUCUUCUGAAUCAGCACCCCCGUUUAUAAAGUGGACUAUUGCAACAAAUUAAAAAAAUAGUAAUUCAUCA